AUGGCGAGGAAAUAUACCGGUAAAGGUCGUAAGAAGAUCAAGAUGAAUCUAAUUAACUCUAAGUCAGCUCGUCAAGUUGCAUUCUCGAAACGCCAUCCUUCCAUUUUUAAGAAGGCGAAUGAGCUUUGCAUUUUGACUGGAUCUAAGAUUGCCAUCAUCAUCUUCUCGCCUACUGGUAAGCCACUCUCAUUCGGCCAUCCUAACGUCGACACCAUCACUGAAAGUUUUGUCAAUAAAACUUUGUUAAUUCAUGAUGAUAAUAACAUGAAGCCAUUCGAGGAGAAUGUUCGUAAGCUCAAUGAACAUUAUAGUCAGGUCCAGAGGAAGCUCCAAGAAAGUAAAAACCAUGGAAAAGUGCUAGAUGCGGACUUGAUGGGUUAUAAGCCUCCUGAGAUGAAUUUUAAGGAGAUGUUUGAGUUUAAAAAACUUCUCAUGGAACUUAAAAUUAAAUAUGCAAAACUGAUGGUUGGAUCUAAAGAUUUUGAGGUUUCAGUAAAACCGGUUAAAGAUUUUGAUCUCAAUGCUCUUCCAAACGAUUCUUAG